AUGGCUUCUUCCCUUCUCCCGGCUUCUUCCCCAAUGCUCCUAGGCAACGUAGACGAGCCAUCUCGGCAUUUCGAGCCUCUUUCCUCUCCAACCCCUGCCGCCCCCUUGACACACGGCCGUCCUAAGUCCUGCCCAACUCAGCAUCCUACCGGUGUCAAGGAUGACUCGGCAUUGCUCCUUAAGUCCGGAGAUAGUCACAACGUAGGUCAUCGUCCACUUUCUGAAGGCCCAAUGGAUCCAGAGGUUCCCCAACCCAUCGCAUGUGCACAGAGCCGGGCUCAUGAUGAGGAUUUAGUACUCGCAAUGGAUACUUCUAGUCCGUCCAUUGCCAGCCUAAGCCGGAUGUAUAACCCAAUUCCACCAAGCCAUCCGGGGUCGAACCUUGCGGCUAUGCCUCUUAUAACUCCUUCCAAUCCGUAUUAUAUGGAUAUCUCAUCCGCUUCCGUUGAUCGUAGCGGUUGCUUGACCAAUGUGCCUGCCGGAGUAUCGUUCGGAACUUCAUACCAAGCACUCUGCGAGGAUGCCUCUAAGCUUUCGAUACCCCAAGAGAACCGUCAGAUUUGCCAGCAGAGUCGAUAUAACUCUCCCUCCUUGCAGGCCACAGUCGGCAAUAUGGACAUUGAUUCCCCCGGCUACAACAUGCAUCCCAUCGCGCAUGAUUCCGAGCCUGGAUGCUACUCCUCGUCAGGAAGUGAUUCGCCGCUUAAGCAGCAUUCUGGUCGCUCGGCAAGUGAAGGGAGCAUUGGCAAACGGAGCCGCAUGGACGAAGAAGAAGACGAGCGAUAUUCAUCCUCGCCUGCUAUUUCUGACUCCAGAUCUUGUCGCCACCGGUUCUCUAAUCCAAGCAUGUCCAGAUCGCUUCAAGAUCACACAUCCCCCUUGCCGGAUGACAGCGACAGUUCCAAAAUGCAAACCAAUUCAUCCAAUCGUGAUAUGGACUUAUUCUCUCCCGAGCCUCCAUCAUCAUCAUCGUUCGACGAUGCCAGCCCUUGUUUGAAUGCCGUUGCUAGGAAAGCUCUCUAUCAGGCGCCAAGGGACAGCCCUCUCUCUGCCUUUCGGUUCCCUGCGACCAAAUCAACUCUAAAUUGCGAAAAACGACUGGGCAUCAACCGCCAGGCCCGAUCCAGUACAACUAGUUCCAGAAGUGAUUCUGUUCCAUGCCGAUCUCAGUCAAAGGUAGCUCAGAACACGGCUACAUUGUUCAACCGACAUCUAUCAUUAUCGACAACUAUUGAUAUAACCCGAUUAGAAGAGCCCACUAGCCGACGGGGUAUGAAAGUUCCACGUGCAGUCAGCUAUGCGGCGAGUGGACCCAGACCAAUGGAGGUUGACGGACGGGAAAAUUCGGAGGAACUGGACGACCGGUCCGAAACAGAUUCUUCGCCUGUUCCUCGGAUUGCGGUUAAGCAGGUCUCGGCUCCUACCAACCUGAAGGCCAAACGAUGCGCUGCGCCGCUGGAUUUGGGCUAUCUACAACCACCAUCCCUCAACUCAGUCACCGCCUUGCAGAGUCCAAGCAGUAGAUUCAUUUUUACAUUCGGUGCGACUAUCCAAAGUCCUGUAGGUAUAGCUUUCAGUGAAAAGGAGCGCGCCGGAAAAAUCUUACCCUGCCACAAAGUUUCUAGCGAUGGUUUGAUGCGCAUAUCCCCCGAGACAAUGGACCAACUACUAGAUGGAGCGUACGACGAUAAAAUUUCAAAGAAGAUGAUUUUUGAUUGCCGGUUCGGAUACGAGUAUGAUGGUGGACACAUUCGCGAAGCUAUCAAUCUCCAUGACAAAGAAGCUGCCGAGACCAUGUUACUGCAGGGGACGCUCUUCAAUGGCGGGCAGAAAGAUGUUCCUAUUCCUAGCGAAUCCGGCAAACCAGAUCCAAAUGGGGAAACGAAGAAAGUUGUGCUAGUCUUUCAUUGCGAGUAUUCCGCCAUGAGAGCGCCGACUGUGGCAAAGCACCUGCGAGAGCAAGACAGACACAAGAAUAUGACUCAUUACCCGGCACUACAUUACCCUGAGAUCUACAUACUGGAGGGCGGAUUCGCCAAGUACUUUUCUCAUUCUCCACAGCACUGUGAUGGUAGCUACGUGCGCAUGGACGACCCGACCCACCGAACUGAUCGGCAGACGGAUCUCAAUCUCUUUCGCACCCGGGAAAACUCUGUGUUCGCGAGGACAAAGAGUUACACUUACGGCGAUAGCAAAAUUGUAAAGCACAAAAAGGAUCCAAAGUUGACCCUGGGAGGAAACCGAUUCGGACUUGAAAAUAAAUCGAAUCCGAUGACUGGCGCAGGAAAGGAGAACGCUCCGGCUCGGAGCAAACUCAUUGAAGAGGACGACGACGAUGAUGAUGAUGAGAAUUACGCACAGGCGUCUAGCCCACUCUACAUGACCAUCAACGCGGCAGCCCACGCCAAGAGAGCUAACUUGAAAACGCAAGGACGAUCGAUUAGCAUGUUGGCUAAAGUCGAGCAAAAUCAAUCCACAAGAGGUGUCGCAGGCCGGAAGCCUCUCGGUAACAAGACUCAAAUGAAUCGGCUAGCGCUGGCUUGA